UGAUCACAUGACCGCAAUGGCUGCUGCUGUGCUCUGGCUCUGAGCUCGCGCUCCGCGUCGGUCGGAUGCAGCACUGUGCUUCGUCGCUGCUCGUGAAGUCAUCCCCUAGCGCGUGUUUCUGAGCCGCCGAGUGGAAUUUUGGGAAAUAUACCGCGCCUUGGUUGGAGGAGAGUUUAUUAAGAACAUAAACGGUGCGGAAAGAGAAGAAAAAUAAAGAGCAUUGUGACAAAAAAACUUGGGACAGGGAGCGACGCGGCAGGAGGAGGAGGAGGAGGAGGAGCCAACAGACCUAGGGGCAUCAUGUGAUCUCCAGAGUUCAUCCUCACUUCAUCCCUGCACACACACACACACGUAUACGUACACCGCUUUGGAGUUUAUUUCCUGGAAGGACAUGUAACACAACCUCAAUGCAUCUCUGAGCUUGCGCCCGAUUGGACAGAUGGAAUCGUAACCGUUAUUUCACACUGCGAUGGAUUUGUAGGCGUGCGUGAUGUCUGGAAAGGAUAAACCCCUCACACUCCCCGGCACCGGCCACGCCCACGCCCACGCCCUGAGCGUCUUUCCGAUGCCCCCGUAUCCCUACUUCAUCCCGCAUAUGUUGGGAGGGAUCUCUCCUCCGGCGCUGCCCACACUUCCCGUGAGUGGAUACAGCACACCGUCUCCUGCCACGGUGGACACUCAGAGCUCCAGUUCGGAGGACAUUGUCCCGAGUCCUCCGUCUCCUCCGCCUCCUCCUCGUGUGUAUAAACCCUGCUUCGUCUGUCAGGACAAAUCAUCUGGAUAUCACUACGGAGUCAGCGCCUGCGAGGGCUGCAAGGGUUUUUUCCGCAGGAGCAUCCAGAAGAACAUGGUGUACACAUGCCACCGAGAGAAGAGCUGCAUCAUCAACAAGGUCACACGCAACCGCUGCCAGUACUGUCGCCUGCAGAAGUGCCUAGAAGUGGGCAUGUCCAAAGAGUCGGUCCGGAACGACCGGAACAAGAAGAAGAAGGAGGAGAAGAAGCCGGAGUGUUCCGAGAGCUACGUGAUGAGUCCCGACACGGAGCAGAUGAUCGAGCGCGUGAGAAAAGCUCACCAGGACACCUUUCCGUCGCUGUGCCAGCUGGGCAAAUACACCACGAACAACAGCGCCGAUCACAGAGUCUCUCUGGACGUGGACCUGUGGGACAAAUUCAGCGAACUUUCCACCAAGUGCAUCAUCAAAACCGUGGAGUUCGCCAAGCAGCUGCCCGGCUUCACCACGCUGACCAUCGCCGAUCAGAUCACGCUGCUCAAAGCGGCCUGCCUCGACAUCCUGAUUUUGCGGAUCUGCACGCGCUACACUCCGGAUCAGGACACCAUGACGUUCUCGGACGGACUGACGCUGAACCGGACGCAGAUGCACAACGCCGGGUUCGGGCCGCUGACCGACCUCGUGUUCGCCUUCGCUAAUCAGCUGCUGCCGCUGGAGAUGGACGACGCGGAGACGGGCCUGCUCAGCGCCAUCUGCCUGCUCUGUGGAGACCGUCAGGACUUGGAGGAGUCGGACAAGGUCGACAUCCUGCAGGAGCCGCUGCUCGAAGCCUUGAAGAUCUACGUGAGGAGGAGGAGGCCUCAUAAACCACACAUGUUCCCCAAAAUGCUGAUGAAGAUCACAGACCUCAGGAGCAUCAGCGCUAAAGGAGCGGAGCGAGUGAUCACGCUGAAGAUGGAGAUCCCCGGCUCCAUGCCUCCGCUCAUCCAGGAGAUGCUGGAGAACUCGGAGGGUUUAGAGGGCAGCAGCAUGAAUCCUCCCGGCAGCUGCAGCCCGAGUCUCUCACCCAGCUCGAUACACAGCAGCCCGUCAACACACUCGCCCUGAAUCUCUCUCGCACUCUCUCACACACACACACACACACACACACACACACACACACACACACACACACUUAUGUUAAGCACGCUCGCCCUGAACAUGCUCCACGCACGCAUACGUGCAGCCGAGUCAGAGAGCGUAGUUUCGGGACAAUAAUGUGUAACAUGGCUGAUUGAGACGCUCAACACACACACACACACACACACACACACACACACACACACACACACACACAGGCUGAGCCUGAGUCACACUCGCAUUAUGAGCAAGAUGUGUGCUUCGGUGGAACUCCUGAGGUACCGAUCUGAUCUAAAGCAGCUUGCACGCUUGGUUGAAACCGAUUCCGAUCUAAUCCCAGAUGGAGGAUUCUGAUCAGCAGCGUGGAGAAGGACGCGAGCUUGCGGACCUGGCGCGCGCUCCGAGGGACCUUUCCUAUUUCCGGAUGUACUCUACAGUGACGUUUUUGGAUUCCCUCAUCUGCAGAUUUACCAAACGAUGAGACGGCAACCUAGAGACACAGGACGUCCGAUGUCCAAAAGUCAUCAGGGACAUUUAUUAUUAUUAUUAUUAUUAUUAUUAUUAUUAUUAUAAUAAUUUUUUUUUUUUUUUUUUGUGUUCGUUCAUUUUCUUUUCUUACAAAAAAAAAGAUAUAUGAAUAUAUGAAUAUCUAUAUUGACAGAAAAUGAGAUGAUUCAAAAAAAUUGUGUCGAUGCGGGAAAAACAAAACAAAAAAACCCCCCACCUCUCACAUUUCCUCGUAUUUGUCCCGAGAGACGAAUAGAGUUCAGUUCUGCUCACCGUCUCGGUUCACUGCAGAAGAAGAUCGUUGUGGAGGUUAUGGUGAUGUUUCUACGCCGUUCACUCAAGAUUCUGAACAAAUCUCGCGUUUAUAAAUCAAACUGGGCGGGGCCGGGGGGGGGAGGGGGGGGGGGGGUAGUAUGGGCGAUGGGUGAAAAGAAAAAAAAAACCCCAAACGUAGCUAAACACGGGAAAUUAUUGAGCUGGUCGUCAGUUUGUUUGAUUCAGAAGAUGAGCGAACGCGUUAUUAAGGACUGUGAAUAGCGAUGAAGAGAAAUCUAGGUCUACGAGAGCACGGGGUGGACAGAUGAUCAAUUUAUUAGCCAGCUCCAGUGCUGUCUCGCGUCUUGAUUGCGUGGAAUCGGGGUUAAAAAGCUGUAGCUAACGUAACAUAACGAUAACGUACUACGACUAGCUGGUUAAACGCAUUAAUACAGACUAAGACACGAACAAGUACGUAGUCAGUUUUCAUAUCCUGUCAUGAUCAGAUUUAUCGAUCGCGGUUUAACGAGAGUCCCCGGGUACCGAUGUCGUCCACCCCCGGUGAACAAAACCGUAUCCGACCCCCAGACAAAACGUUUUAGUCCAACGUCACGUGAAGCGUAGCAUUUCGUAUCUUUUACAGUGCAAUCGAAGUCGGAAAGCCCCCCCUCCGUCGGCAGAGAGAUUAUUCCGCUGCCUCGUUCACACAACCGCAACACUGCCUCGGUUUUUCUUUAUCGUUCAUGACCGCCUACAACACCACUGCCUCUGUGAGACAAUCACUUUUCCUGUAGCGCCCCAAGAAUACCGCCGCAGCGGGCGACGCUGGAGACCGGGAUCGAGCGUUACGUCAUGACAGGAGCGAGUCUGUUAGUGAAAGAGAAUUCGGUUCAUUGAACCCCGCCCCCUCCCAAUCCUCCCCAAACCUCGUCCCCCUUCCAAGAUGUUGCUGCAAACGAACACCAAACUGGCCUUUGAACUUCAUCCACCGUCCAAUCCGCCGACACGUCAUAGUUUUUACGCAUUCGCUACAAACUCGCAGCGAUCCGGUCCCGAUCCCAGACUUCUACCGCCACGAGCGUUUAAAAUCUACGACACGUGCCGCUUCCCUCCGAUCCGAUCCUGCUUUCCGCCGUAGACACGCGUUCACGAAUCGUCACUGUACCCGUGUGCAAUACCUCUUCCGAAAAAAAGAAUCGAAUCAAGACGCUUGAAAGACUUCCACGUUUCACUUCGACUAUGCACGCGACUUGCACAGAAACCCGAAUCGCGGUGUGUUCGGCUUCCUCUGGACUUCCUUCCCGUGUUUCGUGAACGUGAGCGUGAUGACGUAAGGACACUGCCCAAAAAACUUUCACUGCCAACGAGCCACAUCAUUUCAGACGUCUUAAAACACGUCACACGGCGUCCAGCACAAGGACAUCGAUCUGUUCUGUUCUGUUCGGUUCUGUUCUGUUCUGUUCGGGUCUGUUCGGGUCUGCUCCAACACUUGUUACACAUUCAAACGCACAAAUAUUGUUUCUCUUGUAUCGUGAGCUGGAUGAUGGAAAUAAUCUUUAUUAAAGACUGAUGUUUUGUGUGUGUUUCUGA